CGACGAGUCGCGAAGUUUGGCUCUGUGCGGUGGGGGCAGCUGGGGGUUGCGCGCGGGUUGCCUUGACGCCGGCCAGGGGCCGCUCCUCGCCUGCCGGGCCGCCGCGGAUGAAAUGGACAUCCUGAGGGCUCCAUGGAGCGACAUUGGCAGUGCAUUAAUGUUAAAAUAAAUAAAAUAUAGCUGCUGGCCAUCUUGCUGCCAAUCAGCAUCAUGCAGAUUCUGUGUUGUGCAUCUGAGUGAGUUCAAAGGAACUGCUGUUACAUUUGAGAAGGCUUGGAAGGCAAUUCUGCAAUAAAGAGUGUCUGGAACUGACAAAGGAUUACAUCUUGAUAAAAGCAAAAUGGAUAAAAAAGCAUUUGAGAUGGUGCUUGAUGAAAUUAGAAAGGCUGUGUUGAUGGAAUACAAAUUAAAAGCUAUUGAAUAUGUACACGGGUACUUUUCUAGCGAACAGAUUGUUGAAUUACUGAGGUACUUUUCUUGGGCUGAACCACAGUUAAAAGCAAUGAAGGCAUUACAACAUAAAAUGGUAGCUGUUUCUGCAGCAAAAGUGGUUAACAUCCUGAACUGCUUCACUUUUAGCAAAGACAAGCUUAUUGCACUAGAACUGUUGGCUUCCAAUAUUAUUGAUGCUCAGAAUUACCGCCUUAUUGAAGAUCUCUUCAGAACUAGCAUGUCUGAGAAGAAGAGAUGCAGGAGAAUUCUUGAACAGGCUUCCAAAGCAGGGUGUAAAGCACCUCACGCUAUGAUAUCUUCCUGUGGCAUGAUUCCAGGAAACCCUUACCCAAAAGGAAAGCCCAGCCGCAUAAAUGGAAUUUUCCCGGGGUCACCUGUCAAAAAGGAGAAUGAAGACUACACUAAUGAAGGCAAGGGAAUAGCAGCUCGUAUCCUUGGACCAUCCAAACCAGCCCCAGCAACAUACAAUCCACACAAGCCUGUUCCUUAUCCUAUCCCUCCUUGUCGGCCACAUGCAACCAUUGCACCAAGUGCUUACAACAAUGCUGGUCUUGUUCCACUGGCCAAUGUCAUAGCUCCAGGCUUGCCAGCUCCACCACCAUAUGCUUCUAGUCAUGUAGGAACAGAAAAUGGAGAACUUUCCAAUCCGACAAAAUCUUCCCAAAGCCAAGCUUUUGCUACACAAACGAAUCAUCUCUUUACACCUCAUGGUUCUAACCCUGCUGCUACUCCAGCCCCAACCCCAUCAUCUGUUAAGGCAAUAAGCCACUCGUCGGCACUUGCAUCGCCAAUCAUCCCAGGGAUAAGCAUGUCCACCCCUGUCCUUCCUGCCUUCUCUGGGCAGGUUAUCUCUUCGGUCCACCCAUCACAGCCAUCGACUCCAACCCCUACUGUCAUCAAAUCCCAUUCGCUGCCUGGUGUUCCUGCCACAUCUGCUCAUUGUGCCACCUCUGCUCCCCUCCCUUCAACUUUUUCUGGGCUGGCUUCCGUGCUCUCUGCCACAGCAGCUCCGCAAGGGCUCUCCACGUCAUGUGCCACUCCUGUACCAAGCGAAGCUUUUGCAUCUGCUUCUACACCAUUUGCCAGCCUGCCCUUUUCCGCCGCAUCUGUCACUGCCUCAGCUAAUAACCCUAAUUCAUUGUCAUCUGCUUUUGCUGGCCUUCCUUUGUCCUUGACACCCACCCCUCAAGGGAUAGCUAGUCCUCUUCCAUCCACCAUUGCUGGUUCUCCUGCCACUAGCCUGCCUUGCCCACUUAACUUGCCUAACCCACUCCUGUCAGUCUUGAAGGGAUUCCUGUCUGUAAACGAUAGCUCAAUAAUUAAUUCGGCUGAGCUUGCCUCUCUAUCUGGUCUUGCCAGCCAGAAUUCUGAAGCCCCCUCUUCGUCCGGUAACAAAUGUUACACUCCAACUGCUACCUCUGCCCUCCAGCACCCUUCCACUUCAGGGCUGCCCAUUUUCCCAGGGCUUCCAUCUCAGCCUGGGGUUAACAAUAGCGCAACUCCCCCAACGCAGUCCCCAUUAACUGCAGGGCCGUCGUCCAUUAUGCCCAUCAGUUGUGUUUCCUCAGCUGCUCACGCACAUUGCCCAAGCCCUGCUAAUCCCGAACAGCAGGCCUCAUCCACACCAGCCGCCACACCAAUUCCUGCACUGGUCAAAACUGAGCCCACCAGCCCUACAAUUUCAGGUUUCAAAGGCCCUUCCCAUUCUUCCGGACCUUCUCAUAGCACUUCAGGCUUGUCAGCACUUGGCCAUGCAUAUACCUCCACUAGUUCUUUGCCAGGCAGUUCCCUGAAUCCAGCACUCUCUAGCCUCUCCUCCUUGAGCUCCUCUCUCAACAGCUCUCCUUCCAUUGCCCCACAUGGCUCAUCUGCUCCAAUAGCCCCAGUAUAUAAUGCACUUCCUCCAUUCACUUCACUGGCCAGCAGUUUUGCUUUUGCCGGCAACCCAGCACUUACCCCAACGGGGUCUCUCUUGCCCAUUCCACCUACGACUACGUCAGGCAUUCCUGCCCCCCAUGUGAGCUCUGCGACCAGUGCCCUCCCGACGCUCAUCGCUUCAGCGGCUGCUCCAGCUCCACCAUUCCCCCUUAACUUGUGCAGCGCCGUCCCUUCGCUGUUUUCUGUUCCUCAAGUACCUCUAGGCUCAUGCAGCUCAUCCUUCCCUCCUUUCCCUGUCUCUAACACUCCCUCUGUCACUCCUGCUCUCCCUUCUUUCCCUGGGCUCCAGGCAUCUUCUACAGUAGCAGCAGUUGCACCACUGCCGGCAGCUGCCACAGCCCCAUCUCCGGCUCCAGUGCUGCCAGGGUUUGCCUCGGCCUUUAGCUCAAACUUCAACUCUGCACUUGUUGCACAGGCCGGCCUGACUUCUGGGCUUCAGGCCCCUGGAAAUACAGUUUUCCCUGGACUCCUCUCUCUUCCUGGCAUCCCUGGACUUGCCCAGAGUGCUACACAGUCUUCCCUGCAGGAACUUCAGCACAGUGCAGCUGCACAGUCUGCAUUACUGCAGGCACACACUGCGUCUGCUCUGGAGAACUAUGCAUCCCAACCAGAUGGUUUUACUACAUAUCCCCCAGCACCAGGAACACCUGGAGCCCCCUUUUCCUUACAGGCAAGUCUUCCCCAGAGUGGAUGGCAAUAAAGAGCAUAUUUUUCACCUGCAGAGAAACCGCUCCUUGAAGAAAGCAGUGAUGGCUUGGCAAAGUCCCUGAUGAUGCUUCCAUUGAAGGCUUUGGGGGGUGGGCAAGGAAGGGAUACAUGAACUUCCGUGUGUAGCACUCAAGAGGAAGAGAAGAGGAUUCAACGUAGCUGUUAUUUCCAGGCUACAAAAAACUGGACUAUUUUUUAAAAAAACUUUUUAUCAGUAAUACAAAGCACUGACAAUUUUCUAUUCCCUUGUAAGUAGAUGAGGUUGAGAGCGUUUGGACCCUCAUAGGAUCUUUUAAAAAUGCAGAUAUUAUUGAUCCUUCUUUUAAACUAAUAAUUUGCUGUGGUAUUCGUGUCACACGUUCUCAGGAUUUAUUCUCUGCAAUGCAUGUUGUAUGUGUAUUUGAUAAAAUGGAAAUGUAGAUCAGGCUCCCUCUUCGCACAUGCUCAGACACCCCACUCUCUUCAAGUAUUAGGUCUUGUGUGUCUGCGAAGCACUAUUCAUUGUCACCCUCUGAUCUCAUGCCUAUUUUAUUAUUUUUAUUGCCUUUCCCAUCCAGGUCCACUCAGAUAUUUGUCACUGGAGGUAGUAAUAUUUAUCAACAUGAGCUUAUUCUUUACACCUGCAUGCAUCCUACCAUCUAUCAGUAUUUUUUCACUUUUCUAGGAUGCCAGGAACACUGCUAUAUAUAGGUAUAUUGGGUUUAAAAAAACCACAAAACUUUAUGCAAGACCAGAUUUGAGAGUACAAUUCUUUUAGGUCAUGUAAGAGAUCAUGGUUUGCAUUCUGUAAUUAACUUGUAUUUUGUGUCCCAUUCAUGGUAAUGACUCCAAUACAUCAAUUAUGUAUCAAAUUUUGCCUAAAAUGUCGAAGACCUGCUGAUUUGUGAACCAGGUUUCCUUUUUCCUUUUUUUUUUUUGG